AUGGGCUGGCCAGUGUGUAAUGCCACUCAGGAGCAUUUAAAGAUCUCCGAGGAAGCUCUUUGGGAUGGCGGCCUCACAUUUCACCACCUGAGUCUCGUCUUGGGUGGUGCCUGCGCUCUUGCUGCAUGUUUAGUAUCUGCAUACUUGAUUAUGGCCCACGCUACACACUACAGCAAACCAGUCGAGCAGCGACAUAUCAUCCGCAUUCUAGUUAUGGUCCCUGUUUACUCAAUUGUUGCGUUUCUGAGUAUCUGGAAAUACAACUACUCCGUCUAUUUCACGGUCCUCGGUAACUGCUACGAAGCAUUCGCUAUAUCGGCGUUCUUCUCCCUCCUAUGCAGUUAUCUUGCGCCGGACUUGCAUAGUCAAAAGGACUACUUCCGGGGCAUUCAUCCCAACGACUGGCUCUUUCCAUUGAACUGGUUUCAGAAGUGGAGGUGCUGCUUUGGACCGCGCGGCGCGUGGCGGACUCCGCGCAGUGGACUUACCUGGUUUAACAUCAUCUGGGCUGGCGUUUUCCAAUACUGUCUGUGUCGUGUACUGUUGACCAUAGUUGCUGUCGUGACGCAGGCUACCGAUACAUAUUGCGAAGAGUCGCUGAACCCGGCCUUUGCGCAUAUCUGGGUCCUUGUCAUUGAGUCGGUUUGCGUGUCAAUCGCUAUGUACUGCUUGAUUCAGUUCUAUUCGCAAAUCAACAAGGACAUCAAAGAGCACCGUCCCUUGUUGAAGAUCAUCUCGAUCAAAUUGGUCAUUUUCCUUUCUUUCUGGCAAACGACCUUGAUCAGUUUGCUGGUCUCAGGCGGCGCCAUAACAGCAACCAAGAAGCUUUCAAUGAUUGAUGUGAAAUAUAGCCUUCCGGAGCUGCUGAUUAACAUUGAAAUGUUUAUUUUCUCUAUUCUACACAUCUGGGCAUUCUCCUGGAGACGGUACGCUACUGUGUCCCCGACAGGUGAAGUGACCGAUUUUUACGGCAAUGGCAAAGCAGCCUAUAUGGGCGGACGCUUUGGCGUCAAGGCUAUUGUCGAUGCCAUGAACCCACUUGACCUACUGAAGGCUGUUGGUCGAAGUGCACGAUGGUUGUUCGUGGGUCGCAAGAAGCGCUUGCAAGACUCCAGCUAUCAAACGAACCACGAAGCCAUUGGCCUGCACCACUCCGAUUCCGGACCCCUCGUGCAAGGGACAGCGUACGGAGGCGCUGCCACUACAGGGUCUGGCACCAGCUACGGUGUCCCAGGUGAAGAAGGCGCAGUCCUCCUCUCCAAUGCCCAGUCUAACCCGGAGGGACCGCAUUAUGGUAAUUCUCCGUGGGCAAACGAUUCUGAUGAAAAUCUCUAUGAGACUCAAAGCCGCUUCUACUCACAUGGUCCUUCGCCGUAUGACGGAAUCGAGCACGAAAACACUGCAUACAUUUCCCACGAUGCCGUUGAACAUGAGCAUAAUUACUCGCAAGAAACUCCUCUUCGUGAGCAGGUUCCUAUGCCGAUGCCAGACCCUUUUCAGCCACCGCCACCACCACCCCCAUACGGGCAUGAAAACCAUCGCCCCAUAUGA